AUGAAUCUCCAGGACUUUACCUCUGACAAAGAUCUUCUUGAACUCCUCUUUGCAGAAAUCCUCCAGUAUGUCCCUCAGCUGACGGACAGAUUUUCUCACGACAUCAAAAGAGGAGAGAGAACUGAAGAGAUCAUCAUUUACUCGCUCCAGUCGUCCUUCAGCUCAUCUACAACAACAGAAACAUAUACUCCCACUACUACUGUAACACCAACACCUACCAAGACAGAAACAGUCACAUCUACUACAACAGCUACAACCAGUAAUAUGUCAACAAACUUCACUGUGCACACAGAGCCCCCUCAUUCUUCAACACCUGCAGGCCAGAUAGUAAUAAAUACAACAACAACAACAACUACCAAAUGUUUCUGCACAUAUAACAAUAAAGAAUACUCUGUAGGGUCAACAAUCCCUCUAGAGGAUGAGUGCUAUACUGCUUAUUGCAACUCCUCUUGCUAUAUUGUAAAACAAAUCAAAUUCGACAACCACACGACAGAUAUGUGCACUGUCAGAACAUGCAAAGAUGGAAAAGUCGUCACAGAACGUGUACAUUGUGACCAAAGAACUGAAAUUCCUGAAUGUGUUAACGGACUUGAUCCUGUGCAGGUGUAUUAUAACAAUGGCUGCUGCUUUAAGUAUGAGUGUCAAUGUGUAUGCGAAUCCUGGGGUGACCCUCAUUAUAAAACUUUUGAUGGACAAUAUUAUACUUUUCAAGGAAACUGCACUUAUGUUUUGUUCGAAGAAAUCAUCCCAAGAUACAAUAUCAGUGUCCACGCUAAAAACUUUUAUUGUGAUACUGCACAUAAUCUUGCUUGCCCUGAGUAUGUGCUUGUGUAUUACAAAUCCUACAAAAUCAAAAUGGCAAGUGAUAAUAGUGAAGUGAUCAAUGUCUCUGUUAAUGAUGUAAAGCAGAUGCCAACAUACAUAAUCGAUAGCAUCAUCAUCACCAGUACCGGCAUGAAAGUCACUCUGAACAUCUCUGAAAUCAAAACUUUGAUUACAGUCAGUAAAACAGGCAUCCAUAUCAAUCUCCCAUUCUCCUACUUCCAUAAUAAUACUCAGGGACAAUGUGGGUAUUGUGAUAACAGCAACAUAAACGACUGCAGACUUCCUAAUGGAACAAUCGACCAAUCAUGUGAGCACAUGGCACAGUUUUGGAUGGUCCCACCCGGUUGUGAAUUACCUCCUCCUUCUCCUCCAGGACCAACUCCAACUAAACCUCCAAAUAUUACUGUCUGUGAAAUAAUCACCACCAAUCUGUUUAACAGCUGCCAUGACGCCGUUCCCUAUAAGGAUUAUUAUGAGGCAUGUAAAUAUGAUGUAUUCACAAAGGGAAAGCCUUCUGUCUGCGCUAGUCUAGAGGCCUAUGCACAGCUAUGUGGAGAGAAUUCUAUCUGUGUGGACUGGAGAAACUCCUCUAUUCUCAAUGGGCUAUGUGAAUACAAGUGCCCCAGUAACAAAGUCUACAAGGCAUGCGGACCAAGAGUGGAAAAAUCCUGCAGUACAUCGUACAAUUAUAUGUUUGCGGAGAAGGACUGCAAAGAUUUAAACCAAACUGUAACUGAAGGUUGUUACUGUCCUGAUGGCCAAUAUCGGGUUAAUAUGACGUCAGAUAUGUGUACAGCUUACUGCGAUUGCAUUGGUCCUGAUGGAUUACCUAGAAAGCCUGGGGACACAUGGACAUUUCAGUGUGACACAUAUAAUUGCAGUAAUACUGGUGUGCCUUUUAAAGAGCCUAUAAAGUGUCCAACUAAGAUGCCCUGUGGUGAUGGAUACAAAAGCACAGUUAUAAACUGCUGUCCAACUUGUGUUUGUGAUCUCAAUCUGUGCCUUCAGAAGAAAUGUGAUUUGGGAUUUGAGUUAGCAUCAAAUAAAACUGAAGGCAGUUGCUGUCCACUCUGUGUGCCCAAAGACGUCUGUGUGUACAAAAACACAGAGUACAAGGUUGGAGAAGUCUACAGUUACAAAUGUGAAACUGUUACUUGCCAUAAAAUGAAUGGCUCUUUUAUGAUUAAAAAGAACAUCACAGAAUGCAGUUCACAUAACUGUAGUCCUGGGUUUGAAUAUGUGAAAAAAGAAGGAGAGUGCUGUGGAUCAUGCACACAAGUGGCCUGUAUUUAUGAUGCACCAAACAACACCAGACAGACUCUCAAGGUUGGAGAAGUCCAAAGUUACACAUGUGAAACUGUUACCUGUCGUGAAAUCAAUGGCUCGUUUAUGACUGACAGGAGCUCUGAGAAGUGCUCUUACUUGAGUUCAAGUGACUGUAAACCUGGGUUUGAAUAUGUGAAAAAAGGAGCGUGCUGUGGAGAAUGUAGACAAGUAGACUGUAUUUAUGAUGCACCAAACAACACCAGACAGACUCUCAAGGUUGGAGAAGUCCAGAGUUACACAUGUGAAAAUGUUACCUGUCGUGAAAUUAAUGGCUCACUUAUGACUGACAGGAGCUCUGAGAAGUGCUCUUACUUGAGUUCAAGUGACUGUAGUCCUGGGUUUAAAUAUAUGAAAAAAGAAGGAGCGUGCUGUGGAUCAUGCACACAAGUGGCUUGUAUUUAUGAUGCACCAAACAACACCAGACAGACUCUCAAGGUUGGAGAAGUCCAUAGUUACAAAUGUGAAAAUGUUACUUGUCGUGAAAUCAAUGGCUCGUUUAUGACUGACAGGAGCUCUGAGAAGUGCACUUACUUGAGUUCAAGUGACUGUAAACCUUGCUUUGAAUAUGUGAAACAAGAAGGAGAGUGCUGUGGAUCAUGUCAACAAAAAUGCUGUAUUUAUGAUGCACCAGACAAAACCACACAUAAUCUCCAGGAUCGAGAGGCGUACAAUUUCAAAUGUACAACUGGUACCUGCAAUAAAGUGAAUGGCUCGUUUGUGAUUGUGGAGAGCAUUAAAAAAUGCCCUGAAUUUAAACCAGAGGACUGUGUGCCUGAUACAAUAGAAUUAGACAUAGAUGGAUGUUGCAAUACCUGUAAACCCAGGAACUGUAUUCUAGAGAAGAACCACACCAUUCUGCAUGUCGAUGGUUGCACUUCCAUCGAGAAUGUAGAAGUUACUUCCUGCACUGGCCACUGUGACAGCAGAUCAAUGUAUUCGAUGGACAUGAACAAUAUGACGCACAGCUGUUUUUGCUGCCAGGAGGAUCAAUUCAGCAAUAGAAAUGUGACGCUGAAGUGUGCCAAUGGCAGCGAGAAGUUUUAUAACUACAUGUACAUAGAGACCUGCAAAUGCACUAAGUGUGAAAACUAGAAAGAAGAAAAAAUCAAAUAUCCUCCUUAGUGCUGAUUUGAACAUCACUCAAUCUGAAAAAAAUUGUAAAACAUAAUAUAUAUCUGAAAAUGACAGUAGUUAUGAUUUAAGCUGAUUGUUACAGUGCAUUAAUGGCUAAAUUUAUUUUUUCUUUGUAGUGUGUUGCAGGGGUAUGGUUAACUCUAAGCAUAAUCUAUUUUGUUAUGUCUUGAAGGGGAUGCUGGGCUUUUUUUAUUUGUUAUACUCUCUGGUAAUGCAUGCUAUAAUAAUGUCCUGUACUUUUCCUUCCAAUGAAAUGAAUUAAAAUCACAAUAAAGCAUAAUAAAGAGCAUCAA